CUGUCGGUGAAGGCUCUAGUCGAGAGUCGUACUUGAGGAUAGGUUAUUCUAGAAACCUCUGGUACCCGGAAGCUGCGUCAGUAUCGUCAUUCUCGUCAGGCGAUAGGCUACAGAUUUCGGAGUCCAGUCAUUGGAGCCGUUGCCGUGUGAACACAUUGUUAAUUUUGCUUUUAUAGCAUUGCUGUCAAAAUAAUACCAGCUACUCCGUGAAGACUAUCGACGCUAGGACAACAUGAUUCCAGCAUCUGCAAAGUGGUACGACAGACGGGAUGCUGUUUACAUAGAGUUCUGCGUGGCAGACAGCAAGGAUGUCAAGGUCAACUUUGAUAAAACAAAGUUUGGAUUUACUUGUAUCGGAGGAACUGACAAUGUCAAACAUGAAAAUGAAGUUGACCUCUUCGAAGCCAUUGAUCAAAGUGAAUCCAAACAGAAACGCACAGACCGCUCAGUGUUGUGCUGUUUACGGAAAGCGGAGCCAGGGAAGGCAUGGCCCAGGCUAACAAAAGAGAAAGCUAAGCUCACUUGGCUCAGCGUUGAUUUCAACAACUGGAAAGACUGGGAGGAUGACUCCGAUGAGGAGAUGGGCAACUUUGACCAAUUCUCAGAUAUGAUGAACAACAUGGGAGGUGAGGAUGACCUACCUGAUCUAGAUGGAGCAGCAGAAGAUGAGGACUCUGCGGAUAGUGAUGAUGAAAAAAUGCCAGACUUGGAAUAGAAGACUUGAAACCCUGAAUGGAGAGGCAAGGAGAGAAAGCAGGGGGAUUCAUUAAACUGUAUAUCUUGAAAUAUGAAGGCAGUGACAAAGCUGUACACAUGAGUUGGUAGCCAUAUUUAAAUCCAUAGCCUCAACUCCAAUACAUUACCAUCAGUCCACUGAAGGUUGUUAUGCAUUGUAUUGUACAGAGCAGAUAUCUCCACUUCCAUUUAUAGUACUGCGUUUUUGGGGUAUCCUGUUUUGCCGUUAAUUACAGCUAAGCACAUGUUUUCGUAAAAAAAAAAAAAGACCAUAGUUGUCCUCAACUGAGCAAUACAUGUCAGGAUAUUUACAAAUUGGUUUGUGAUGUGGAAAAAGGCUUACUAACAAUACAAGGUUUUGAGUUUCAGUCUAGUAAAUCUUCUCAAAUUACUUUGGAAGGCACAACCCCAGACCUUAGUUGGAAUAAAUGUAAUUUCUGAUUCGGUUAUUUAAAGUUCUUCAUGUGGCAUGUAUUCAAUAUCAAGGGACCUAUCAAGUGUCUGUAGCUUAGUGCUCCAGCCUACAUAUUUUCUCCCGUGUCUUAUCUGCUUGUGGUCUUUUGUAAAAUUGGAACAUUCUGUCUGUAACUCCACUUAAACAAACGAAAAACUGCAUAUUCUUAAUCAUAACGUAACAGUUACUGGAAUAUACUUUUAAUCAUCCCGUACAUUUUGUUAUCUUUAGCAGCAGACUCCACCUCCGCCUAACAUUCUCACUUAAGUCUUCAUAAGAAAGUUAACAUGCUGUUUUCAGACCGAGGCAGGCAUGGAAGACAUCCAGUUUUCUUCUACCCUCAAGUUUAUUUUCCAAGUUAAACUAGAAUAGAUCCUCCCUUGGUGGUCAUGUUUGUGUUGAAAUGAAAUGGCUCUGUGUAAUGACCAAAUUAUAUUUGCACUGUCAAAAUGAUGGGGGAGACAAUUGAGCAUGCCGGUAGUUGUGUAUUUCAACUGGUGGUUGGGUAUUUCAACCUAGUUAUCACAGGCUGGUUAAUCACCAACUUCGGUUAUUGUUAAAUUACAGUGGAACCGUUUUUUUAUUUGUCUACAUCUUUCUAAUAAACUGUCUAAAUCA